AUUCCUUUCUUUGUGUUGCGAUACUAAUUAAUAUAAGCUUUUGUUUGCAGAUGUCAAAUAUCGCUUUUACGCGGAUUCAACGAGAAUGCAAAGAAGUUGUGACGAACAAAGAGAUCGCCGAAACCGGCAUUAUGAUUGAGAUUCUGAAUGAUUCUUUAUCCGAAAUCAAAGGACAGAUACGUGGUCCACCGGACACCCCCUAUCAAGGCGGAUCUUUUGAUUUAGAAAUCAAAAUUCCAGAUACCUAUCCAUUUACUCCACCCAAGAUUAAAUUCCUCACGAAGAUCUGGCAUCCCAACAUAAGCUCACAAACAGGCACCAUCUGUCUCGAUAUUCUGAAAGAUCAAUGGGCCGCCUCUUUAACUUUACGCACUGUACUUUUGAGUAUACAAGCUUUGAUGUGUUCACCGGAACCCAAAGAUCCUCAAGAUGCUGUCGUUGCGAAGCAGUACAUGUCAAAUCCUUCGCUUUUCAAGGAAACAGCUGUGUUUUGGACUAUAAAGUAUGCUAAAGGCAAGGCCGAAGAGAAUCACCAAUACCGCGAACGCGUGGAAAAACUUCGCGAUAUGGGUGUGACAGAGGAUGAGGCAAUCUCAGUGCUAAGCUGCAACAACUGGGAUCUCGCUAAAGCAACAGAUUACAUUUUUUCAUGAAUUUGUGAUUUUUUUUUCACAAGCUGGACAUCACUCUCCAAACAACCUUUACUGGUCCUGUGUUUCCAUCUUUACUAGGGUUGAUUACCAAUGGGUUAGAUCAAUGCAAUUCGAUGUCAAGAAAAUUCCAUCCUGCUGAAUUUGUAAUCCAUAAAAACCUUGCUCAUUCUUAUCCUUCAUCGUUUCAAGAACUGCACCAGCUGUUUUAUCUUUUCCAGUCCUUUAUGAUUGUUUUAAUCCGCUUGCAUGUGUACCGGUCAGUCUCGGUCAUUUUCACCACCAACAGGUGUGUGAACUACACUUUCAAAGUUCACCCGCCCAUAACCCUUCAUCGGGUUUACUAGGAAGCAUCUCGAGUUUCCUCUACUUUCGUCUAUGUCUUGGUUCAUUAACGCAUUCAGUCAUAAAUAUUUAUUAGUUU